AUGCCUUCCGGCGACGGCGGCCCAGUGACCAACGGCACGGCCAAUGGCGCGACCAAUGGCGAAACCAACGGAGUACACACUGAGCAAGACCGCUCAACAGCCGGAGGAGGGAACGAAGCUGGCCAAACAUACAACUACCCCGAGAUAGUGCCCGAACAGCCUUAUCGAGUGCUUAACCAAUACCACAGCAAGCCGCGCAAGCUACGUGUAGCAUGUGUUGGCGCAGGAGCAUCGGGACUAUGCCUUGCUUACAAGAUGAACAAGAUGCUCGAGGCUGGAAGUUGGGAGCUCACGCUGUUUGAGAAGAACAGUCAGUUUGGUGGGACGUGGCUUGAGAACACAUAUCCGGGAGUGGCCUGUGAUAUUCCUUCGCACAACUACACCUUCUCGUGGGACCCCAAACCAGACUGGUCACACUUCUUCGCAUACGGCCCUGAGAUUCAGCAGUAUUUCGUAGAUUUUGCGAAGAGACACGGCAGCGAGAAAUAUAUGAAACUAAGUACCAAGGUGGUUGAAGGCAGGUGGGAUGAAGAGCAGGGCAUCUGGAAUCUCACCCUUGAAGACCAAAACACCAAAGAGCUAUGGAAGGACUGGUGCCAUGUCUGGGUCAACGGCACCGGCAUCCUCAACAACUGGCAAUGGCCCAAUAUCCCAGGCAUAGAUGACUUCAAGGGGCCGCGCAUGCACAGCGCCAGCUGGGAUCAUGGAGUCGAUCUCGACAACAAGGUCAUCGGCGUGGUAGGAAACGGAAGCAGUGCCGUGCAAAUCGUGCCCCAGAUCCAGAAGAUCGCGAAUCAAGUACAGUGCUACAUCCGCUCAUCAACCUGGAUCAGCCCGCCAUUCGGAGGCAGCGCGCUCAACAAAGUCCGGAAAGGCAAAGAUGUUGAUCCGGGCAUGAGGCAGUAUGAAUUCACAGAUGAAGAUAAGAAGCAGUUUAAGGAGGACCCGGACUACCACCUCGACUUCCGCAAGGGUAUUGAAGCGGAGAUCAACGGGCUGUUCGGCAUGUACAGGCAAGGCUCAGAGCUCUCAGACCAGUUCCGCAAAGUCAUCACGGAGGAGAUGAACAGGAGGAUGGGUCCCGGCCACCAAGAGCUGAAAGAUUUCAUCAUUCCAACCUGGGCACCCGGCUGUAGGCGUAUCUCGCCAGGAGACGGCUACCUAGAAGCCCUCGUGCAGCCGAACGUGGAUCCAAUAUUGAAGGGCAUCGAGAGAAUCACCCCAGACGGCAUCCUCACCACCGACGGCGUAGAGCACAAAUUCGACGUCCUUGUCUGCGCCACCGGCUUUAAAGUCGCCUUCAAACCCGCCUUCCGCGUCAUCAACGGCGCCGGUGUCUCGCUCCACGAAGACUGGGGCGACAGCAUCAACCUCUACAUGGGCGUCUCCGCGCCUCGAUUCCCGAACUUCUACACCAUAGUCGGUCCUGGAGCUACCUGGAGCAACGGCACCCUUCUACCUUCGAUCGAGACGACCAUCGAGUACUCCGUGAAGAUGAUGAAGAAGAUUAGCACCGAGCACAUCAAAGCUAUCGAGGUACAGCAGGAGGCGUUGGAUGACAUCUAUGCGCACUUUGAUGAGUUCCACAAGGAGACUGUCUGGAAGGAAGAGUGUCGGUCGUGGUUCAAGGAUGGCAAGGUCAAGAAUCGCAUCUAUCUCUGGCCCGGCCCAACGAUCCAUUUCCUAAAGUCGAUCAAGGACCCGAGAAUGGAAGACUACAACAUUAGAUGGCGAUACCGCAACCGCUUCGCCUUCCUCGGCAACGGAGACAUCAAAGCCACCCUCAGUCAAGACGUCCGAGGCUUGAGCACUUAUAUGCGAAAUAGCGAUCAUGAAUGGUCGGUCGAGUAA